ACCUUGAGUUAUGAAGAUAGCUUGACCCCCAGUCCUGUGGUGUUGGGGAUGGAACCCAGGGCCUUGUGGAUGCUGGGCAAGUGCCCUGCCCUGAGAUGCACCCCGGCCAUGAAGACGACAGUUUGAGAGAACACGUGUACAGAAAAAUGGGCCUCUCCUCCUCUUCAGUGUCACUCCCUCAGAACCCCUGGGGGACCUACUCAGCAAAGCUGUGCCUGCAGCUGGCUCCUCCUAGGCCAGUAUUUUUCCACACUUAAAAAUUCAUGACCCAUUAAAAACUAUAAAAAUCCCAUGCCCUUUGUGUUUUGUGAUGCAGAGUACCUUAGGCUCCUUUUCAAAAUGUGAAAUAAUAAUAUCGAUUCUGCAUGCCUUAGAAUCAAGCCCUCCCCGCCCCACCCCCAGUUGAGAAUUGCUGUCCAAAGCCCUUAAAACUCAACACUGUGGCGUUAAAGACAGAACAAAAACUACAGGUCACACCAGGUUGGUGUCUGAGCUUCCAAGGCUCUCUCUGCCCUUCAGAUUCUAGAGAAAGAGGUGGGCACCAUAUCCAGGGCCUGCCAGGGAAAGAAGAGGGGACAUAUUUGGCAUAUAAUUAGUUUCCAUCCUCUCGGGGGCUGGGGUGCCAGAGGUGUGAAUAGAAGGAACAAUUAAUAAAGCUCUGACUCCAGGGAGCUGGGUUCUAGCUGUGAAAAUAGGAGCAGGCUGUGUAACCAACAAACAGUCGCGCUACACAGACACAUUCGCACCCACACAGCAUCCACAGCCUGUCUCGCCCUUCCUAUCAGACCUGUCAGAGCCACACACUCCAGACUGGAGCUGAGCCAGCUGCAGGCAUCAGAUAAAUGUCCUAGAGUGAGUGAGUGAUGCACACCCUGCUGCGGAGAUCCUAUCGAGAUCAUCCCGUGCCUACCAGAUCCGCACAUCCUCCCCUUUGCCCCAAGUCAUGCGCUGCCUCUUUAAGACCCCCACGUGAUAGCUAUGCUCAGUGGCCUACAAAGGGCUCUGACUGGUGCUAUUCAGUGUCUCAUCCCCAGGGAAGGGAGGGGAGCUGAGACAGACAGACAUCAGGCUUGUCCUGUUGUGGCCAACAAGCACAAGUCUUGGAUGGCAAAUAAUGAGGAGCCGGGAACUGUCCCUGCCUGGCUGCAGCUGAAUGCCUUAGCUGCUUCUUCUAUCCACACCCUCAAGUCUCCAGCUCCUUUCUUAUUAGAAGCUGGUGCCCCUCCCUGCACUCCAUCAAUAGCCCCGUCUUUUCCCAGGCCCUCUGCCUUCUCCUGUCACAAGCAUUUGGUCCUGGGGCUGUUUGCUCCUUGUUCCUUGUGGCAUGUUUUGUCCCCAGUGUGACUAAGCUCUAGUGUAAUUUCUAUCUUCCUUGUCACUGCCCCCCUGCCCCGCCCCCCACCGGCCAGAAAGCUGGGUAUACAGGUUGCUCACAGAGUGCCCAUGGAAUGAACAGAUUCAUUUGCUGAUUCCCGCCUGCCCCACCACACAUCCCCAGCCUUGUCUCUGUCUCCCACGACACCAUGCUAACCCCGUGUUCUUGUCCCAGAGGGCUUUCCAGGGCCCUGGGCACUGCUUUUCAGUCUCAGGUCCCAGCAGCCUCCUUGCCCUCUGUAUAGCUAGCUCUCUUACUGUCCAUCAGCACCACCCCUCUAAGAACUCAGCAACUCUCUGCUUCCAGCUGGGUCCUCUGCUGAAGGGGUAUCCAGCCCAAGAGAGGAAGCCUGGGGUCCAGUCCCAAAAACUCCACACGGGGGAAGGGUGAUGGUGGAGAUGCACUGUGGGACACAGGGAAGGGAAGGUUGGUUCCGGAAAUCCCUGGAAGGAUGAGCACAUGACUUGGCUUUUCAGGAGAGCCCUGAGUUGACCCAGAAGGGUCUGGCCUUUUCCCUUCAACUCCCAUCAACCUAUGGGUUAGCACCCAAGGGAGCCAAAGGCUAGCAUGAGACUCCUUAAUCACAUCUGGAGCCCCCUUUUAGGUGAUAUAAAUUUUAAUUAUCUUUCUUAAGGAGUCGAGGGUGUCGCCACAGGAGCACGCUAAGGUCCCAGAAGGAAUCUGGCUAAUCCCUCUCCCCCAUCACCCUUCAGUGGAUGUAUCGUUUAAGCUGGAGCAAAAUAGCCACUUGUCUGCUAGGGAAGGAGCUGGAAAUCAUGCUGGGGCUCCCUGACUCACUGCCCACCGCAGCCCCGGUUUUCCCAGCAUGCAAGCCCUCCUUGCUCCAUCCCUUGGCGGGCUGAGCUGGACACCGCUGAGUGCUAUCCUUCUGGGUGGUGUCACCGACUACUCCGAGGGAAUUACCCAUAAUGCCUGUCUUGUGCUCCUCACUGUCUGUCCGGUCUGUCUCUUCCUCUGGUGUCGGUUGACUUGUCUCUGCCUCUCCUUCUGGCCGCAUGAGGACCCCCUCCUCUGGACAGGAGCUCUCUUCUGGGUUCCAGCCUGCUGUGCCCGCUCACAGCCGUCAACUAGGUGACUGUUUACUGGGUAGAUGAAGCUGGGGCCAGUUCCACGCACUGCCUCUCCCCACAGGCGGAGCACGCUGGAGUCCGCACCUACUUCUUCAGUGCCGAGAGCCCCGAGGAACAGGAGGCCUGGAUCCAGGCCAUGGGUGAGGCUGCUCGGGUGCAGAUCCCUCCAGCCCAGAAGUCCGUGCCUCAGCCUGUGCGGCCCAGACCACUACCACUGACAGCCUCCACCUUGGCCUCCUGCAGCCCCGAGAAGCCAGACUCAGAGAACAUCCCACCCAGCAAACACCUUCAGCAGCCACCUCACAACAGUCUCGCCAAGCCAGAGCCCGAGGUCAAGACUCGAGGGGAAGGGGAUGGCAGAGGCUGUGAGAAGGCCGAGCGAAGGCCCGAGCGGCCUGAAGUCAAGAAAGAGCCUUUGGUAAAAGCCAAUGGCCUCCCGUCUGGACCUGAGACAGCCUCAGAGCCUGGCAGCCCUUACCCCGAUGGCCCGAGGGUCCCAGGAGGUGGGGAGCAACCUGCUCAGUCCAAUGGCUGGCAGUAUAGCUCCCCAAGCCGACCAGGGAGCACAGCUUUCCCACCUCACGAUGGGGACGCUGGGGGACACCGGCGGAGCUUUCCACCACGUACUGACCCUGACAAAAUUGCCCAGCGCAAAAGCUCUAUGAACCAGCUUCAGCAGUGGGUGAACCUGCGCCGAGGGGUGCCCCCGCCCGAAGACCUUCGGAGUCCUUCAAGGUUCUACCCUAUGCCCCGACGGGUCCCUGACUAUUACAGCCCCUACUCCUCCCAGUACCCUGAUGAUUACCAGUACUACCCGCCAGGGGUGCGGCCAGACAGCAUCUGCUCCAUGCCAGCCUACGAUAGGAUUAGUCCACCCUGGGCCCUGGAGGACAAGAGGCACUCCUUCCGGAAUGGGGGUGGACCCGCUUACCAGCUUCAUGAAUGGAAGGAGUCUACCAGCUACGGGCGGCAGGACGGCACCGUUUGGAUCCCCAGCCCCUCCCGACAACCAGUCUAUUAUGAUGAGCUGGAUGCCGCCUCUGGCUCCCUGCGCCGCCUCUCCUUGCAGCCCCGUUCCCACUCUGUGCCCCGCUCACCCAGCCAGGGCUCCUACAGCCGAGCCCGCAUCUACUCCCCCGUGCGCUCACCUAGCGCCCGUUUCGAUCGGCUGCCGCCCCGCAGUGAGGACAUUUAUGCGGACCCUGCAGCCUACGUGAUGAGGCGAUCCAUCAGCUCCCCAAAGUAUGAUUACCUGGGAGACAGGCGGCCAGUCCCUGCAGGACUGUUCCCUUACAACUACCCACCAUCCCCCACGGUCCACGAUAAGAUGGAUGAACUUUUAGAUCUUCAGUUGCAAAGAAACCUAGAGUAUUUGGACCAGCAGAUGAGCGACAGUGAGACACUCAUCAGCAUGGUGAACCGAAUGGUGGAGAACUCCUCCCCCAGGGCCCACCUCUUCAUGCAAGUCCCUGCAUACCCAGAGGUGUUCCGGGAUGGCCUCCACACCUUCAAGCUAAACGAGCAAGACACGGAUAAGCUGCUGGGCAAGCUGUGUGAGCAGAACAAGGUAGUGAGGGAGCAGGAGCGGCUGGUGCAGCAGCUAAGGGCGGAGAAGGAGAGCCUAGAAAGUGCCUUGAUGGGAACCCACCAGGAGCUGGAGAUGUUUGGAAGCCAGCCCGCCUACCCAGAGAAGCUGCUGCACAAAAAGGAGUCUCUGCAGAACCAGCUCAUCAGCAUCCGGGUGGAGCUGUCACAGGCGACAACGGCACUGACCAACAGUACAAUGGUGUAUGAGAACCUCGAGUCUGAGGUCUCUGCCCUGCAUGACGACCUCUGGGAACAGCUAAACUUGGAUAUCCAGAAUGAGGUGCUCAAUCGGCAAAUCCAGAAGGAGAUCUGGAGGAUCCAGGAUGUGAUGGAAGGGCUGAGGAAGAAUAACCCCUCUCGGGGCACUGACACAGCCAAGCACAGAGGAGGACUUGGACCCUCAGCCACCUACAGCUCCAACAGCCCAGCCAGCCCUCUCAGCUCUGCCAGCCUUACCAGUCCCCUGAGCCCCUUUUCAAUGGUGUCUGGCUCUCAGGGCUCUCCCACUAAGCCAGGGUCCAGUGAGGAACCUGGCCCACCUCGGCCACCCCUCCCCAAAGCCUACGUCCCCCUGGAAUCUCCUCCCACCGUCCCUCCACUCCCUAAUGAGAGCCGCUUCUGGCCAUACCCCAACUCCCCCUCCUGGCAUCGCAGUGGCGAGGCAGCCAAGGGCCAGCCCAAAACAGGUUAUGAAUUAAGCAAGAAAGACCCUGGCCAAACAUCACCCCUGGAGACUCCCAGAGACAUCAGCCUGGUACCCACCAGACAAGAGGUGGAGGCAGAGAAGCAAGCAGCUCUCAACAAAGUUGGCAUUGUGCCCCCUCGGACAAAAUCUCCUGCUGAGGAGGAGGUGCCCCCAUCAGCAGUGGUGAGGAGGACCACGAAUGGACUCACCAAUGGCCUGUCCUCACGGCAAGAGCGCCCCAAGAGUGCUGUGUUCUCUGGAGAAGGCAAGGUGAAGAUGAGUGUGGAGGAGCAGAUGGACCGGAUGAGGCGGCAUCAGAGCGGCUCCAUGAAGGAAAAGCGGAGGAGCCUACAGCUCCCUGCCAGCCCAGCCCCUGAGCCCAGCACCCGGCCUGCCUACAAAGUGGUGCGCCGUCACCGCAGCAUCCACGAAGUAGACAUCUCAAACCUGGAGGCAGCCCUGAGGGCUGAGGAACCUGGUGGUCAGGCAUAUGAGACACCACGGGAGGAGAUUGCGAGGCUUCGAAAGAUGGAGUUGGAGCCUCAGCACUACGAUGUGGACAUCAGUAAGGAGCUCUCCACUCCAGACAAAGUCCUCAUCCCUGAACGGUACAUUGACCUGGAACCUGACACUCCCUUGAGCCCGGAGGAGUUGAAGGAGAAGCAGAAGAAGGUGGAGAGGAUCAAGACGCUCAUUGCCAAAUCCAGUAUGCAGAACGUGGUGCCCAUCGGCGAGGGGGACUCUGUGGACGUGCCCCAGGACUCAGAGAGCCAGCUUCAGGAGCAGGAGAAGCGGAUUGAAAUCUCCUGUGCCCUGGCGACCGAGGCCUCCCGCAGGGGCCGCAUGCUGUCUGUGCAAUGUGCCACCCCAAGCCCUCCCACCUCCCCUGCUUCCCCGACUCCACCAGUCAACCCCCUAUCGUCUGACCGCCCACGGGGCGCCGACAGCAGCCAUACCAUGCGGGUCUGAGCUCUGACUGCAAGCCCUGGCUGAAGCCAAUGCUGUGAAGCUCCAGAGAGCCACCUUCUGAUCGCAUCCACUGCACACCUGAGGCUCUGGCUUCUCAUCCUGGCCUUCUGCGCUUGCACCCAUCAUGGGAACGCCUCAGAGAGCCAGGCCGGAGGACUGGGGCUGCUUCAUAAAGGAACAUGGAUGCCUUCAAGUCCACAUCUGCUGCCCUUGCCCUGAAGCCUGCACUGUCAUGUCAUGGUUCUAAGGCAAGACCUGGGAUGGCCAGGCCAGGAUGGCAUCCUCUGUGAUGCCCCAGUCACGGGGUGCUCAAGUGCAGUUCUGGAUGGCAUUGUGUGGCCCUCCUGCACCAUCCCCUGAUGGAGUCUGAGUGCUGGUGGGGAGUAUGCGCUCAGCUACGGGUGAGGGCUAGAAGUGAAGCCAAGACAGACAGACUAUCCAUCCCUUGGAACCCAUACAACCCAGCGAGAGGGCAACUCUUGCCAUCACCUUCCUCCCGUUCGUUCAGUCCCAGCUGCCUCAGCGACGCCCAAGGUUUUGGCAGGGCUCUGCCGAUGGGUUUCCCAGAGUUCACUGGAGGCCAGCCACCCUGCUUGAGCCAAAGAAGAUGAUGAGUUUAUAGGGAGAGGUUCCUGGGCUCCCGGAUGGAGAGGUCAGGUGUGUUACCGAGAGCCGACAGCAGGUCUGCACAGUGUAUAAGGGCAAGUUGGAAGCAGGAGCAAGAUGGAAGAGGAAAGAGGCUCAGAGAGUGAAGGAAGAGAAGGCAAGAUGCCUUUCACAAGCAACAGGGAUGUAAAGGAAGGAAAUGCGAAGGGAGAACAGGAAUGGCUUCCCUAGUGUGGAGCCUUAGGUGAGUGCCAAGCAGAGGGCCUGUCACCUCUGUACCUUCACGUCUUCCUCAAGGGCAGGAGGCCCCAGGAGGACUCUGCCAGGCACACGUCAGCCCCAGCUGAGGUGCUUGGUAGCAAGGUAUGAGGUAAAGGGGGUGUUAGAAUGAUGUAGCCUGUGAGAUGGUCCUAUCUGUGUCAAGGCCUGCUGUCUCUCUCCCAGGGUCGUAGGCAGAGAGAAGAUGGUCUUACAGAAAGACCUAGCCAGUUUAAACCUGGAAAGUAUUGUGGGCUGGCUGAGGUUUGCCCUGGGAGGAGGGAGGAGGAUUCAACUGUGAGGCCAGGUCCUUCCUUCUCAUCUCAGGCACCUAGAGCAGGACCAGAGGCUUUCUUCCGUCCUCCCCAGGGAGGACAGGACAGGGAGGGACAGUAGCAGAGCAUAGUCUUCCUCAGGUCCACCUACUGUGUGUGAAUGUAGCCAGAGAGCCGAGAGGGAAGGCUAGCCUCAGACACCAAGACCCCAGGCCUGCUCUGCCACACUUUCUGCCCAGAGACUUCAGCCUGAACAUCAGUGGCCCCGGGGAACAACUGCAUCAUCUCCCAUCAAUCCAUUGCCACUCCGUCAUGGUCGGGACAGUUACUGGUUCAUAUGCAAGUAAAGAUGACAAUUCAUUCAACAAAUACUAGUCAAGCACUCUUUGUGUAUCAGGUACUGUUCUAGGUGCUUGGGAUCCUGUCUUGCUUCCGAGGGACUCUGGAUCAGGAGGACUCCACCUGUCUUCGCCUCUGUCUGGCUUCUGGAAAGUGCUCCUUCAUGACAUCCCCUAUCUGCAUAGUUCAGGCACCCCAAAUCUGCCCUUUCUUCCUUAAAGACUGGUAGGCGGGAUCAGCUCCCAGGUUACCCUCUCUCCCCAUACCCUCUUCCAAAAGAAACAAAAUUUUAGGGCUUUCCCCCAACACCCCCCUGCCGUCUUUGUCUCUCCUUUUAAAAAAAAGUGGUAUUUUUUAGAAAUACAUGUUAAAUACCAAGAAAUGUCUUUGCCUCUCCACCACUCAUACCCACAUUUCAUAAAGCUGGCUCUUUAUGUUGCUUUACAUGCCUUAAUAUAUGUUUUAUGGAAGUGAUCAUGUCAUAGAUAUCCAUGUAAUAUAUAUAUAUAUAAUUUGUCUCGAUGUCAACGCUUUCCUCAGCUCCUGCCCUGACCCGGUUUUCUGUCUGCGUCAUUCUUAGCAUGUUGAAGCCACACCCCUUGCCUUUUUGAUCCAAAGAAGGGGAGAGGAAAGAUUUAUUUUAAGGCAGACCUAUUCUAUGCUUUUGUUUAAAAAGCAGAUCUAUUUUCAUGAUGUGCAAUGUCUGAAAGGGAUUGGUGAUGUAUGAGGGGACCUGGGUGGCCGUCCCUGGUCCCAGUCUAUGCCCCUCCCUCUGCCCCAGUGACUUCCCUACCAUUACUCAGUCAUUGUAAAGGGUUGGUCCCCAGGUUCGCCUGGACUGCAUCCUGCAGAGGAAGGACAUUCCCUCGAAAGUCCUGGUCUAAGAAUUUGACGUCACUGUCAACUUUAGAAAGCAGCCCGAGGGGUGUCAAGCAUCUGAAGGAAAUGUUUACAAUUGCAGACAUGCAGUUCCCAACACGGGCCCCUGGACAACCUCCCAUCAUCCCUCUGUGAGAAAAGGCCAACGGGUUGCUUGGCAGCCAUCUUUGAAGGAUGUCAGUCUGCUCCCUGACAGACCCAAGACACAAGGUGAAGCCCCAAGAAAGUGGCUUGGGACCCCCUGUGUUCUUUGGUGAAUACUAUGAGCUACCCAGGCCUCUCACACUUUCUCCUGAGCCCACUCUGUGUCACACCUAUUUCCCUCUGAGACUUUUUCCCCCCUUGGAGUUAUUAUGGCAUAUCGGUCUGGCAUCCAGACUUGAAGCCUGGUUCCUGGCUGGGGGUUGGGGGAGCUGCACAGUCAAUGUCAAAGCUUAAAUCUUUCCCACGGAGCCCUCAGUGCUUUGACAGGCUGUGGGCUGGAGUUCUGCCUGUAGCAGCUCGGCUUGCCAAACUCGCUUUCUGACAGGUGAUGUGAGCAAGGAGGUUGGGAAGGAUAGAGACCUCUCCCCAGAUCUGAAGUGAUGUGUUUGAGAAUUUUACAGCACUUCUGGCCAGCUUUUGAAGCCUGACCUCCAACUCUGGCAUUUGUUGGCCCUCUUCCCAGACUGGAAGUUCUUGCUGUGAGUGAACAGGGCCCAGACAUAGGCCUAGGGCUAAGCAUCCCUUCUCGGGAAAGUCCUGACCACCCACACAGGGCCUUCCCAGUGACCAUCUUACCUCCUCCACCAAAAGCCAAAAGGCUGCGAUCAGCUACUGCUACUGUCACUUUAAAAGAUUUUUCUGAGGAAGCAAGCUUGCAAGCAGCAAGUAUGCUCUCCUGCCUUUGUGAAAGGUAUGUUCUUGGGGCAAGGCUACUACUGCAAGAUGGAAUCCCUUCCUUCCCUGUUAGGCACCCUCCUCCUGGCAGCUCUUUAAGGAAAAAUACUAUAUAUAAAUACAUAUAUAUAUAUAUACAUAUCUAUUUAUGCACAUAUUUGGGGCCAAUUUGGUUUGCUAGUGUUAGACAAUAAACCAUACAAGGAAA